AUGUCCUGCUCCUACACCACAAGAACAACCACAGAAAUGAGUUUCUUGUCAGUGAUGUUGGUGUUGGUGAUGAUGGCUGGUGUUUGUUACGCUGGACUACUUGGUGGCGGCUUUUUCCCAAUUGGUCUGGGUCUUGGUGGACUUGGUGGAUAUGGCGGCGGCUUGAAUGGUUAUGGUGGUUACGGCGGACUUGGUGGAGGAUAUGGUGGUGGAUAUGGUGGUAAAGCAGGACACACCUUCGUGCUGAGUAAAAGCCAUGGAAGCCUUGGAGGAUUUGGCACUGGUGGGCUUGGUAAAUAUGGCCUUGGUGGAUACGGCGGACAUGGAUUGGGUGGAUUCGGCGGAUUUGGCAAAGGUGGAUUAGGAGGUCUUGGCUUAGGUUUUGGAAAAUAG